AAGUAUUCAGAUCUCUGUUUGGCAUGGCCGCGUUCGCCUCAUGAUUUUGUAAAGGUAGAUCUUCCUCCUCUUCGCAAGGAUUCAUACGCUUGGACAUACAACUUGAUUAAGGUACGAGGUUCAGACGUACAAUGGCUUAAUUUGCUUAACACUUUUAGAUCGCUAUCUUAUUCUGUCAAACAUGGCAACCAAAGAUUACCACAUCACCUCAAUCCCAUCAUUGCCUGUGUAUAAAAGCAACAGGACUAAAUCUCGGUUCUUUUAUGGGUUCGGGUUUGAUUCACUUAAUGAUGAUUACAAGGUGGUGAUCUUUGUCCGGUGUAAGUAUGGAGAUGAUGUUUAUGCGGAAACAAGAAUUUAUAGCUUGAGACAUAAUGCAUGGAGCAAAAGCAGACGUACUGAAGUUAAUCAGAGAAAACUAUUUCCUCUAAUUUGCUCCUUCAAUUCUUCAUUGGAUGCUCCCAAUGGAGUGGUUGCUUCUAGUGCUCUCCAUUGGCUGGCAGGCUCUUAUCCUCAUAAUAACACGUUAUCUUCAAGUUUCAUCCUUGCAUUCGAUCUUGCUUCCGAACAAUUUCGCGAGAUGCAAUUGCCUGACCAUGUCCGGGAACAACAAGAAAUUCAAAUAAGAGUAAAGAGAGAAAGGUUCAUUGAGUUUACUCGGGUUGUAGUCCUUGGAGGGUAUCUUUGUGUGUCAAGUAGAGAUUGCUUUGAGAACCCAUUCUUUGAUAUAUGGGUCCUGAAGGAUUACAAGAUUCAUGAUUCUUGGACUAAAUUUUGUCGGAUUAUGUUGCAUGACAAGACUGUGAGUUCUCUUAUUCCAGUACUAGCCUAUAAUCGCAAUAAUCUUAUGUUAUUAGAGAUUUAUCGCAGCUUCCAUUGCUAUAAUAUACAAAAGCGACGAUUGAAUUAUCUUCCGAAUUUUUAUCCUGGUUUGUAUACAACAGUGAUUUGUUUAGGAACCCUUGUUUCCAUAAGUGCUUAUAGAGCUUUGUGGAAGAAAGGCAACAGAGCAAGGGGAAGAAAAAGAUCAAGAGAAUCAAGGGACGACAUUAAUGUGCAAAGCCAAUUUGAUGCUCGUUAACAGGCUGAGGUUAAUGAAGCCUUAAUGUAUUUCUUUAUUUUUCAGAAAAAGUUUAAUUGGAUUCAGUCUAAAGGUUAGUUCUCCGCUUGUAUUAAUAUUUUCUUCUUCAUAAUAGAAUUUUUACUUUGCG